CUCCUGCCUGGCCUAGCAGGUCCUGCCCCUGCUCCUGCCUGGCCUAGCAGGUCCUGUUCCUGCUGGUACUUUGCCUACCAGCUCCUGCCCCUGCUCCUGCCUGGCCUAGCAGGUCCUGCUCCUGCUGGUACUUUGCCUACCAGCUCCUGCCCCUGCUCCUGCCUAGCCUAGCAGGUCCUGCUCCUGCUCCUGCCUGGCCUAGCAGGUCCUGCUCCUGCUGGUACUUUGCCUACCAGCUCCUGCCCCUGCUCCUGCCUAGCCUAGCAGGUCCUGCUCCUGCUCCUGCCUGGCCUAGCAGGUCCUGCUCCUGCUGGUACUUUGCCUACCAGCUCCUGCCCCUGCUCCUGCCUAGCCUAGCAGGUCCUGCUCCUGCUCCUGCCUGGCCUAGCAGGUCCUGCUCCUGCUGGUACUUCGCCUACCAGCUCCUGCCCCUGCUCCUGCCUGGUUUACCAGCUCCUGCCCGGCCUAGCAGGUCCUGCUCCUGCUGGUACUUUGCCUGCCAACUCCUGCCCCUGCCGGUACCUGGCCUAGCAGGUCCUGCCCCUGCCAGUGCCUGGCCUGCCAGGUCCUGCCCCUCUGGAAGAACUCCCUCCAUCCGCUUGGAUUAUCCCCCGCCUUGGCCGGACACCCGCUUCUCCAACCCCCUCCCCACGCGCUGGGCAGCGAUGACCCUAAAAACCGAAGCCUCGGGACCCACCCUCACUUACUCUAAAAUGAGGGGCAUGGUGGCCAUCCUCAUCGCUUUUAUGAAGCAGAGACGAAUGGGGCUGAACGACUUUAUUCAGAAAAUUGCCACCAACUCCUACGCGUGCAAACACCCCGAAGUUCAGACUAUUUUGAAAAUCUCCCAACCUCAAGAGCCCGAGCUUAUGAAUGCCAAUCCAUCCCCUCCACCCAGUCCUUCGCAGCAGAUCAAUCUAGGCCCAUCAUCCAAUCCUCAUGCUAAACCAUCAGAUUUUCACUUUCUGAAAGUGAUUGGGAAAGGGAGUUUUGGGAAGGUUCUCCUUGCAAGGCACAAGGCAGAGGAAGAAUUCUAUGCAGUCAAAGUUUUACAAAAGAAAGCAAUCCUGAAGAAGAAGGAGGAGAAGCACAUCAUGUCAGAGCGCAAUGUCCUGCUGAAAAACGUGAAGCACCCUUUCCUGGUUGGGCUCCACUUCUCUUUCCAGACCGCAGACAAAUUGUACUUUGUCCUCGACUACAUUAACGGCGGAGAGUUGUUCUACCAUCUCCAGAGGGAACGUUGCUUCCUGGAACCAAGGGCUCGUUUCUACGCAGCUGAAAUAGCCAGUGCCCUCGGUUAUUUGCACUCCCUGAACAUUGUUUAUAGAGACUUGAAGCCAGAGAAUAUUUUGCUCGAUUCUCAAGGGCACAUUGUCCUGACUGACUUUGGCCUCUGCAAAGAAAACAUAGAACACAAUGGCACAACCUCCACCUUCUGUGGCACACCUGAGUACCUUGCACCAGAAGUUCUUCACAAGCAACCCUAUGACAGGACUGUUGACUGGUGGUGUCUAGGAGCUGUUCUUUACGAGAUGCUGUAUGGAUUGCCUCCAUUUUACAGCCGCAACACCGCUGAAAUGUAUGACAACAUUUUGAACAAGCCACUUCAGUUGAAGCCAAACAUCACAAAUUCUGCCAGGCAUCUACUUGAGGGCCUACUGCAGAAAGAAAGAAUCAAGAGACUUGGGGCCAGGGAUGACUUUAUGGAGAUUAAGAAUCACAUUUUCUUUUCCGUAAUUAACUGGGAUGAUCUCAUUAAUAAGAAGAUUACACCCCCUUUUAACCCAAAUGUGAGCGGACCCAGUGACCUGCGGCACUUUGAUCCCGAGUUUACAGAAGAGCCGGUCCCCAACUCCAUCGGACAGUCCCCGGACAGCAUUCUCAUCACUGCCAGCGUCAAAGAAGCUGCCGAAGCGUUCCUGGGCUUCUCCUAUGCUCCCCCCGUGGAUUCUUUCCUCUGAACUGACUGGGGGAGCGGGGCCCAGGGGGAUUUUUUUUAUUUUAAGAUUUUUUUGUUGUUGUUGUUGGCCUUUAGACUGAUCUGCCGGCUGACUGAUCAUCUUGAAAGAGAAUUUGCACAUCUCUGUGGAAGCUUGGCAGCCUUUAAUUUCAACCACACUGUUUGCUGGAAGCUUUCUGAAGAGCACAUACUCCUUGCAAUGAGCUCACAAGAUUUUUGUUGUUGUUGUUGUUGUUUUUAGUCUCCCCUCAAGUGGUGCUAUCUCUUUGAAACGAGCAUCAGAUGGCUGUCCUAGACGGCUAUGGUAGUUUGGUAGGAGCAAGUGGCUGUGUGGAAAUGGUUUUCUCAAAAUCCUUGCUUGAAGAUCUAUCCAGAUUUGCUAAUGGAUUUUAUGAAAUGUGCCUUUUUCUGAUGAGAUCGUGUUAGCUCCAAAGCUUUUCCUGUUGCAGAGUUUCUUUUUUUUCCCUCUCCUGUGGAUAUACUAUGUGAAAAUGGUAUGAGUAUGGUAUGCUUACUCCAGAUGGAUUUAGAUUGCAUCAAUGUGACACUUGCAGGAUUCUACAAAGUGGGACAUUGUUUGUUUUCUUCCAUAUUUGGAAGAUAAAUAUACGUCUAGACGUUGAGGGGAUUUUUUUUGUAGGAUAUAUAGUUAAUAACUAAAUUUUAUUGAAAUGGGCUUGCCAUGCCUUGUACCCAGAUGCUUGAAGAAAGCAUUGCUGCUACAAAUAUUUCUAUUUUUAGAAAGGGUUUUUAUGGACCAAAAUGCCCCAACUGCAGUGAGUUAAAGCUGUUGGUUUCACUGAAUAGGAGUUUGAAACUGUCACCUGUAAAAUGGGCAUUAUUUAUGGUUUUCUUUUUUGCAUUCCUGAUAAUUACUUGUAAUGUAUUGUAAAGACAAAAGUCUGUACAUUGAGUUAUAACAAUAGAUGUAUAUUUAAACUUCCAGGCUUACUUGUAACAUGUAUAUAUCAUCAUUGUAAUGUACUGUAAUUAACAUGGUUAUAAUAUGUACAACCCUCACCACACAACUUUUUUUGUGUGAUCAAACCAAUUUUGGUUUGCAGUAAAAGUCUUGAAAAAAAAA